AUGGCAGGGUCCCAAUUAAAACAGCUAAAAGCUGCUUUGAAAGAAAAAGGAUUAAUAGGUCAAACAAAUACCAACAACAAAAAAUCAACUAAAGGAAAAACAUCAAGAAGAAAUGAAACAAAUAGGGAUUUACAACAACAGAACUUACAAGAAAUCAGAAAUAAUUUUAAUAAAUUUGAUCAAAGAAUAAAUAGAACUAAACAUGACAUAUCAAUAGCGACAAAGCAAGGUAUGGUCAAAAUUGGAUCGAAACAACAUAAUGAAUAUGCAGCCAAAAAUGGAGCAAUGCAAAAACAAAUCAAGAUGCAAUAUGAUAUGGAAAAAAAUCGUAAAGGUAAAACUGGUGGGAUAUUAGAUAAAAGAUUUGGUGAAAAUAAUUCUCAUUUAUCUCAAGAAGAAAAAAUGUUGGCUAGAUUCACAAGAGAAAGACAAAAUGCAGGAGGUAAAAAGAGGGGAAUGUAUUCAUUAGAAAGUGAUGAUGAUAAUUCAGAUUUUGAUGAAGAUGAGCAAGAUAAUGGUGGUUUUCAAUUAACACAUUCUGGACAAGCUUUAUCAUUGGAUGAUGAAGAGACUAUAAAAUAUGUUGAUGAAGAUCAAUUACCACAAAAUAUAGAUUCAGAACCACCAAGAAAAAAAUCUAAAAAUGAAGUAAUGAAAGAAAUUAUAGCUAAAUCAAAAUUUUAUAAACAACAAAGACAACAAUCAUUUGCAAAACAACAAGAUCAAAUAGAUGAAUUAGAUGAAGAUUUUGGAGAUAUAAUGGAUGAUUUGAGACAAGUUCAAACCACAUUACCAAAACAACAAUUUUCAAAUAAAUCAGAAAAAGAACUUGAUUAUGAUAAUAAAGUAAGAGAAUUAAAUUUUGAUAGAAGAGCGGUCCCUGCAGAUCGAACCAAAACCGAUGAAGAAUUACAAAAGGAACAUGAUGAAAAAAUGAAAAAAUUAGAACAAGAUAGAUUGAAAAGAAUGGAAGGAUUUGUUGAUGAUAGAGAAGCAGAAGGUGAUGAUUUAGAUGAUGAUGAUGGAUUUUGGGGUGGUGAUGAUAGUGAAAAUGAAGAAAAUGGGUUUACUAUAAAAGAUGAUGGAGAAGAUAUUGGAGAUGAAGAGGAAGAAAAUGAGGAAGAUGGGAAUGGAGGAAGCUCAGGAGGAAGACCUAAAACUUUAAAAACUCCAGCAGUUAUUAUGCCAACAACAAUUGAAGAAUUUAUAGAAAAAAUGUCAACAAUUCAACCAUUACAACAACCAAAUUAUAUCAAAAUAUUAUGUGAGACAUAUAAACCAAAUUUAGCUCAAGGAAAUAAAGAAAAAAUGCAAAAAUUUGUAUCCAUAUUAUUUGAAUAUAUUUUAUACUUAUCAAAUAAUUUUAUAAAUUUUGAACCAUUUUUAAAAAUCUUAAAAAACUUAUCAUCAUCAUAUAAUGAACAAUUGGUUGAAUCAAUGAGAUUAUACAUACUGGAAAUUUCUACUAGAAUAAAUGAUUUAAAACCAAGUGAUUUAAUAUUUUUUGUUAUAGUUGCUUAUUUAUUUUCAACUUCUGAUCAUUAUCAUUUAAUUGUUACUCCUUCAAUAAUAAUAAUGAAUCAAAUAUUAAGUCAUUUAAUUUAUCAUUCAGACAGGAUUGAAAAAUUAGGUCAAGGUGUUUUUAUAAUUGAUGUUUUAUUAAAGUAUCAAAGAUUUUCUAAAAGAUUUGAUCCUGAAAUUUUAAAUUUUUUGGAAACUUCAUUUUUAAAAUUAUGUCCUGAACCUAAAUCGAUUAAUCAAGAUGAUUUAUUAAUAUCAAAUUCAAAUUUCAAUAAUUCAUUAAAUUUGUCAAAAUCUACUAAAUUUAACGUAGAAGAGAAUAAAGAACCAAUAAUAUCAAUACAAGAAUUGUUUUCAACUUCAAAACAAUCAUCAACUAAACUAGCUUCAAAUUUGCUUAUCAAAUUAUGUUACAUAAUGGAAAAAUGUAUAAACACAUGGAGAGAUAAUUCAUCAAUAAUAGAAAUUUUAAAAUCAUUUAUAACAUUACAAAAACACUUAAUAAAAUACACAUCAAUACCAACAACCACCCACUUAACAAAAUUCCAUAAAUUAUUAACAUCAGCACAACAACAAAGAAAACCAUUAAAAUUACAAUCACAUAAACAAAUUUCAAUAGCAACAUAUGCACCAAAAUUUGAAGAAAAUUUCAAUCCAGAUAAAAAAUCAUAUGAAUUAAAUAAAGAUAAACAAGAAUUAAGUAAAUUAAAACAACAACUUAAAAAAGAACGUAAAUCUGCCCUUAAAGAUAUUAGAUUUGAAAAUAAAUUUAUUGCAAGAGAACAAAUUUCUGAAAAAACUAAAAUGUAUGAUGAAUAUCAUAAAAAGAUGGCUAAUAUUGUAAACACUAUUCAAAAUACUGAAGGUAGUGAAAAGAAUCAAUAUGAAAGAGAGAAAAAACAAAGAAAACAACGUAAAUAG